CCAAGCCAUGCAGAAGGCGAGACCGCUGCUAGGCCACUGUGCACUCCCGUGGAAGUCGGUGAGGAUGGCCAGCUCCGGGGUAACCCGCCAGAGCCCCCUAGCCAAUAAGGUGGCCCUGGUGACGGCCUCGACCGAAGGGAUUGGCUUUGCCAUAGCCCGACGUCUGGCUGAGGAUGGGGCCUAUGUGGUCAUUAGCAGCCGGAAGCAGCAGAACGUGGACCGUGCUGUGGCCACUCUGAAGGGGGAGGGGCUGAGUGUGACAGGCACUGUGUGUCAUGUGGGCAAAGCCGAGGACCGGGAACGGCUGGUGACCAUGGCUGUGAACCUUCAUGGAGGUAUUGACUUCCUGGUCUCCAAUGCUGCUGUCAACCCUUUCUUUGGAAACUUAAUGGAUGUCAUCGAGGAGGUAUGGGACAAGGUUCUGAACAUUAAUGUGAAAGCCACAGCCAUGCUGACAAAGGCAGUGGUGUCCGAGAUGGAGAAACGAGGAGGCGGCUCAGUGGUGAUUGUGGCCUCCAUAGGAGCCUUCACUCCACUUCCAGGUCUGGGCCCUUACAAUGUCAGUAAAACAGCUUUAUUGGGCCUUACCAAGAACUUGGCCUUAGAACUGGCCUCAAAAAACAUUAGAGUAAACUGUUUGGCGCCUGGACUCAUCCGGACUCGUUUCAGCAGUAUGUUGUGGAUGGACAAAGCACGAGAGGACAGCAUCAAAGAAAUGAUGCACAUUAGAAGGAUAGGCAAGCCGGAGGAGUGUGCCGGUAUCGUUUCUUUCAUGUGUUCUGAAGGUGCCAGCUACAUCACUGGAGAGACAGUAGUGGUGGGGGGAGGAACCCCUGCGCGCCUCUGACGACCUGAAGACAGCCCACAGUCCAGACAGUCCAGCUGUCCUCUACUUCUUUUCCUACCUACCUAUCAUGUUUGUUCACCCCCACAAAAUCAGUUCUACCCUGUAAGUUCCAGCCUUCCCUAUGGUCAAGGUGUG